CCUCUCAAAUCUCCAUAUCCAUUUUCACAUUACCCAAAUCCAAUCAAUUAACACACCUGAAACUGGAUGGGACUGGCUGCGACUUACGUCAUGCUUAUACCCCUCCUCCUCUCACUAUUCGCGGCGAUGCCUCCAGCCACCGCCAAACUAAAAACCUCCAACAUCACCGCGGAACUCCAAAACAACAAAAUCCGGUGCAAUUACUUGAAUACGCACAAACUUGGCAAAGCAUUCCAGGUCGACUUGCCCACGACCAUACACAACGAUGCCAUCCAAGUCACGCUUGACUCCGUCAACUCCGACUUCUUGAUCAUCAACCAAACCCGUCAAAUUCUAUACGAAUCCCCUUUCAAGCUAUGGGAAGGUCAAAACGACACCGACAGAGUGGCGUCGUUUAGCUCCUCAUUCCUUGUCAACCUGAACGGAGUGGACAAUUCUACCCCCGACAUAGUCCUCACAUCCCGCACGUUGAAGGAGGAUAUCGACCCGAAUUCAAACCACGUCGGACUCAACAUCAACGGCGUCAGGUCUGACAUAACCACCUCCUUUACCACAUUCGGACUCCAACUAGUUGGCGAGGGUACAACGGCCAAUUUCUUCAACGUCUGGGUCCAGUACGAGGGAAUAAAAAAGCUCAUUGCGGUUUACGUGGCUCAACAAAACGAAACGGAUCUGACACCUUCCAGACCCGUUAACCCGAUUCUGACAUCGUAUCUGCACCUCAGAGGGGUCGAGAAUCUGCACUUGUAUUUCGGGUUUUCCGCAUCAAAAGAAAACGCAACACAACUCAACCGCGUUAGACAGUGGAACCUGACACUGACAGUGGAGUACAACCACCACGUAAAUUGGUUGAAGAUUGGCCUCAUCGUCGGGAUAACCACGGCAGUGCUUUUACCGGCGUCGGUGGCUUUGGUAUAUUACUCCCGAAAGAGGUGGUUAUUGCGACGGUCGGACCGGCAAAUGUCGAGGAAGGUGAAGAGCAUGCCCGGGAUGCCGAGGGAGUAUCGGUACAAAGAUUUGCAGAAGGCUACAAACAAUUUUGACGAGACGAGGAAGUUGGGACAAGGUGGGUGUGGAGUGGUUUACAAGGGGUAUUUGGCGAAUCAGCAGGAUUUGGAGGUUGCGGUGAAGAUGUUUCCCGGAGAGAGUUUGAAGGGUCAGGAUGAUUUCUUUCAAGAACUUACAAUCAUCAAUCAACUCAGGCACAAAUACCUUGUCCCAUUACUGGGAUGGUGCCACAAGAAUGGAGAGUUGCUGUUGGUUUACGAUUACAUGCCCAACGGCAGCCUCGACAAACACCUCUUCAACGAUGCCGACAGCACGCCAUUGAGCUGGAAUCUCCGCCGCAAGAUCAUCUCCGGGGUAGCCUCUGCCCUCCACUACCUGCACUACGAUUACCAAAAGAGGGUGGUCCACCGCGACCUCAAGGCUAGCAACAUCAUGCUUGAUGCUGAGUUCAAUGCCAGGCUAGGAGACUUUGGCCUUGCAAGGGUCUUAGACAAUGAAAAAACCUCGUACAUAGAAGCCAAUGGCGUUCCGGGUACAAGGGGGUACAUGGCCCCUGAAUACGUGUUCACGGGCAAGGCCACCGAGCAGUCUGAUGUAUAUGCUUUUGGUGCUGUUAUAUUGGAAGUGGUUUGUGGUCGUAGGCCCGAGAUCCAAAUUGGCACGUACCCAUUGUUAGUAGAUUGGGUCUGGGCCUUGCAUCGACAAGGCCAGUUACUUGAGGCCGUCGACAAUAGGCUCGGGGAGAACAAUGUUGCGGAGGAGGCCCAAAGAUUUUUGCUUCUGGGCCUAGCCUGUUCGCAUCCGACAGCGAGUGAAAGGCCGAAAACUCAAGAAAUUGUUCAGAUGCUAUCGGGCUCGGUGCCUGUGCCCUACGUGCCACCGGUCAGGCCGCCUUACAUGCUGCCGUUGGUGCCGAUCGGGGAGGAAGACAUCAGUCAGGCCACUACCACCGACACAACGUCCUUCAUGACCGCACAUUAUGGAUCAGUUUCGGCACCAGUGGCCAUCAACCCAGAAAUCCAACGCCCAGAUAGUGACAGCCACAUUAAUAUCAUUUAAGUUUUU